UCUUCACACCCCAUGAUGGAAAUAUCGCGAGAGGAUAUGUAGGAAGUUGUUGCCGCGUGUGUUUCAUGUUUGCAUUCAAUGCCCUUUUUUGCCUAAUGCAAUGACAUAGCAGGCGACUAUGGCGGGACAGCUGAAGAAGCAGUUAAAAGACGCAGUGAAGGUCAUCGGCUCAGGUAGCCUUCUGUUUGCCUCCUACCUCACUGCAGUUGGAGAUGAGCGUUUCUAUGCCAAUCAGCUGAUGCCCCUGCUGCAGAGGAUUGUGGGGGCAGAGACUGCACAUGUGUUGGCAGUGAAACUAAUCGGUCUGGGUCUGGUUCCUCUGAACCGCUACCAGGACCCUGCAUCAUUGGAAGUUAAAGUCCUGGGAUUAAAGUUCAAAAACCCUAUUGGGAUUGCGGCUGGCUUCGACAAAAACGGAGAGGCCAUAGACGGGUUGUACAAGAUGGGUUUUGGCUUUGUUGAAGUGGGUACGAUCACUCCUAAACCUCAAGAAGGGAACGCCAAACCACGUGUGUUUCGACUCACUACAGAUCAAGCAAUUGUUAACAGGUAUGGAUUCAACAGCUGUGGUUUGGCAGAAGCACAACAGAGGCUGAAGUCCAGGGCAGACACUCAGAAACAGCAAAGUAAAGCUGGCCUUCCCCUGGGCAUCAACCUAGGGAAGAACAAGCUGUCCCAGAACGCAGGGGCAGAUUACUUGGAGGGGGUAAGAGUUCUGGGCCCGCUGGCUGACUACCUGGUGGUUAACAUCAGCAGUCCUAAUACGCCAGGUCUCCGGGAUCUACAGGGCAAAGUUGAACUCCGCAAGCUCCUUCAUACGGUGUUGAAGGAGCGUGAUGCCCUGCAAGGACACAUACCCCCGGUCCUGGUGAAGAUUGCUCCUGACCUCACUGCCCAGGACAAACAAGACAUUGCUGAUGUUGUCACUGAGCUGGGAGUGGAUGGUUUAAUGGUGUCUAACACUACGGUGUCCAGACCAGAGACGCUUCAGGAUUUGCACAAGUCUGAGAUUGGUGGGCUGAGUGGCCUGCCUCUCAAAGACCUCUCUACUAACACUGUUAGAGAGAUGUACAACCUCACUAAAGGUAGAAUACUAAUUGUUGGAAUUGGUGGUGUAGCCAGUGGCCAAGAUGCUAUGGAUAAGAUCCGUGCCGGUGCAUCACUGGUUCAGCUUUACACAGCUUUGACCUACCAAGGUCCGCCCAUAGUGACGAAGAUAAAGCGAGAAUUGGAACAACUUCUUAAAGAACAAGGUUUUAGCAGUGUAUCAGAGGCAGUUGGAGCAGAUCACAGAGGAGCAGAUGGAUUGACUCAUGUGCAGAGUGCGCUGAAAGAGAUGGUAAAUGUUAACACAGACAAACCGCACCUGUAGCUGCCAUCUCCUCCAACCAAGCAACAUGAUCCUCAACUUUUCUUGAAAUGUAAUAAAGGGGGAGUAUUUGCGAUUGUCCAUCCGUCCGCCCGCCCUGAUUUCAGGGAUGAGAUAUGGUUCGAACUGUUUGCUGUUGA